AGCAAACCCAGCCCAGGGUCUGCGCGUUAGAUCGUGUGAGUGAACGCUACUUCCGGUAAACCCGGAACACCCGAAACACCUGAAAAACAAACACCACCCAGGUGCGCUCCAGGAGCAGCUCGUCGACCGAAAAACCUUCCCUGUCCGUGCUUGGUGUGCACCAUGGCCUUCCUGCGUACCGUUUCACGCUGUAACAGCCUGGUCCCACGUAAGGUGACCUCUCCAUCGACGACCGGAGGUAGCAGCUGUUUGACGUACUCACGAUCGGAGCAGUUCCUGCGCCAGUAUGGCAUCCAUGCCGCCGGAAACCGAGGUCCGCUUCCUAGCGCUCUGCUAGCCGCCCUUAACCAACGGCUGGCCCUUGAAGGACACUCGUGUGAAGGAGCUCGUCGCUGGCGUUCGACAACGGUGGCAGCCGCUUCCCCGGUGGCCAGUAGCACCCGGCAACGGCAGCAGCAGGAUAACAACCCGUCAACGCCUCAACGCGAUCCGCUCGAUGUUAGCUUCAACGAUCCGCAUGCUGCGUUUAAGAGCAAAACCACCUUCGAGCUGAUGCGGGCGUACCUCGUGUACGUGCUGUGUUCGUCCGAGUUCCUGGUGGAAAACAACAUGAAGCUCAUGAAACUGAUGCGAGCCAUCCUCGGCGACCGGCUGUUUAUCUAUCUGAUGAAGCAGACGUUCUAUGGGCACUUUGUGGCGGGCGAGGAUCGCAUCCGGAUCGUGCCGACGUUAGAAAGAUUGCGUUCGUUUGGUGUUAAACCGAUCCUUGACUACUCGGUGGAAGAAGAUCUUUCCCAAGAGGAGGCGGAAAAGCGCGAAGUUGAAGCUUCCGUAUCGUCAGCCGGCACAAACCUCUCCGAGGACAGCGCCGACUCCUUGCCCCAGUACAGUGUCGACAAAACAUUCGCCGACCGGCGGUACAAGGUGCAGAGCGCGAGGACAUACUUCUACCUUAAUGAAGCCACCUGCGAGCGCAACAUGGAAACGUUCCUCGAGUGUCUCGAUGCGGUUAAAGGUGCAACAUUCGGUACCGGUAUUACCGCUAUUAAGCUAACUGCCCUCGGUAGACCACAGCUGCUACUUCAAGUAUCUGAAGUAAUUAUGCAGGCUCGCCGGUACAUGAUGGAUCUGGCCGGCAGUACCGGAAACAUUUUAACGCAUCACAAAACCAUCCAGGAUCUCGAGCGUUACCUCGGCAAUGUGUCCGACAAGAAGGAAGUGAAGGAAUUCCUCACGAAAGUUACCUCAGACAAAGACGGCAUUCUUCAUCUUUUCCCGUGGACCGGUAUUAUUAACGAGGACUGUCAGCUGAGCGAAACUUUCCGUGUUCCGGAUCCGGUUACCGGCCAAAUGCGCCGUUUGAUCUCAAAGAUUCCACCCAAAGAAGAGGAAAUGUUCCGAAACAUGAUAAGGCGCUUGAAUACUAUUGUUAAGACUGCCCAAGACCUAGACGUCCGCAUUAUGAUUGAUGCCGAGCAAACUUACUUCCAACCGGCCAUCUCACGAAUCACGCUCGAAAUGAUGCGCAAGUACAACACCGAAAAGGCCAUCGUCUUCAACACGUACCAGUGUUAUCUGAAGGACACGUACAAAGAGGUGUGCACGGAUUUGGAGCAAGCCAAGCGGCAGAACUUCUACUUCGGUGCGAAGCUAGUGCGAGGUGCUUACAUCGAGCAGGAGCGCGCACGAGCGGCUGCGCUAGGAUACGAAGACCCGACGAAUCCUUCCUUUGAAGCGACCACCGAAAUGUACCAUAAGACGCUAACCGAGUGUUUGAGACGCAUCAGGAUUCUCAAGGAUGCGAAUGUGGAUCCGAAGAAAAUUGCAAUCAUGGUUGCAUCGCACAACGAGGAUACGGUUCGGUUCGCCAUCGAGAAGAUGAAAGAGAUCGGUAUCCACCCGGAGGAUAAGGUGAUUUGCUUUGGUCAAUUAUUGGGCAUGUGUGACUACAUCACGUUCCCGUUGGGUCAAGGAGGCUACUCGGCUUACAAAUACAUCCCGUACGGUCCGGUCAACGAAGUCCUGCCAUAUCUGUCGCGGCGAGCUCAGGAAAACAAGGGUGUGCUGCAGAAGAUCAAGAAGGAAAAGCGGCUGCUGCUGUCGGAAAUCACCAAGCGGCUUGCCAAGGGGCAGUUGUUCUACAAACCGAAGGGCAAAUACGUUCCUAUCUAAGCUCGCUGGCGUCAUGCCCGGUGGCAGAAGCAAACACACACACACGAACGCAGCCGCACAGCCGACAGUAAUACAGCAGCCGUAGAGCCGUAGCAGAUUGAAUCUGAACAACCCCGUGAACCUCCUGACCGUCACUAGCCCUUCCUAGUGUGCAUCUGAACCGCUUCUGUCGAAAAAACAGGCGAUGCACCAAAAUGAUACCGCAUCGUACCAGAUCCCCUCCGACUUUGUGAUUUUGUGAACCGUUUGACACACGUGGGGCGGCGGUUUGGGAGACGUUUCGUUCCCGUUGCUCGUCCCUUUUUACCCGCCACCGCCGAUCACGUGCCACCUGUUGCUCGAUCGCGAAACGGGAUGUCUCGACGCCAUAGGGUUAGGUGGGACGUAUUUAUGUAUAGUUUUGUUUUUUUUUCUUUGUUUUCUUUUUAAGGACGAACACAACCUUUUCGUCCAUACUCGCGCGAAGGUGGUGUAGUGCGGUGAUCCUGCAGCAGCUUCCUCAUCCCCGCUAAAAUGCAGCAUAAUUUUGUGAUCUAUGUUAGGGCAUUCUUGUUUUUCGUGGUGAAUAACAAACGCGUAUUGACUAGCUUACACAAUUUAUUAUCGUUUAAAGGCACUGUAAGGCAGAACGAGCGCCCUGCCGGGGAAUGCUCGUGCCCUACCGGUUUAAAAGUAGUGCGAUCUUAGGACAGGAACCUGUGCGCUCCUGCCGAUCGCAUAGUACCGGUAAUUUUAUCCCUAGAGUUGCUCAUGCGGAGCAGUAGACCAUUAUGUAGCUUGAUCGCGUUCGUCCCUUUGCAUGCGGCAGCUAAGGAAGGAAGUUAGAGUUGAUUGGGCGGGAGGAUGCAAGCCAACUCGUCCCGUACGAGUCAAGGGGAUCUCGCAAAAUGGCCGUGUGCAGCCGUGGUAAAACAACAUUGUAUGUUAGUAUUAUAAUGCUUAUUACGAGAAGGAAAGACAAACGCGCAGGAUAGGCAAAUUUUAGCAGAAGCAAACGAAACCCCAAUGCCCAGUGAUGAAUGCUGGUGGUAAUUGAAAACACAACCACUUUACAAACACACACACUCACUUUAUGAAGUGCUGACAAUAAACUGAAUAUGAAAAUUGAAACUAAAUGUGACUAAAUAGCGAUCGUUAGCGGGUACGAACGAACGUGCACCGGCAAGGAACACGCGCCAGAGGGACGGCGUUUAAGGAAGAUCCUCCCAUCCCAACGGUACGGUUGUGGUGUGGGGUAACAUGAAACGAAUGUUAGGCGAGCAUGUAAUCAUAUUUAAAUGUGUGACUCUACUUAUUAAUGAACAAAACCCAAGCAUACCAAGCAAACCGACAAAAACCACACGCGAAAAGGGCGAUACAAUUGUUUCACAAAGUUCGAAGUAAAUGUUUACAUGUUCCAUAUGUUCCGUCGAUGCAGCAUACGGAGGGAACUGAAGCCGAUAAACAAUUACGGUAAUUACCGAUGCUAGUGAUGAAUAUUAUUAAACCGAUCUGGAUAUCGAGUAAGACACACGUAACACACGCAACACACAACCUACAUAUUAACUGGGACCCUCCAAGAAAUACAAACAGAAAAAACGAAACAAAAAAAAUAUAUCUCGGAGGUUUGUCUUCUCACGUAUUGGAUGUGUUUAAGAUUGGAAUAAUGCAGGACUGGACUUAUUGUAUUGCUUAGCGCAGCGUAGGGAGUAAAACACCCAACCGCUCAUCUUGUCGAAACGAUACUCAAUUUGAAUCGAUGGGUGCCUCCUGGGCAUGGGUGGAACUGGCAAUGUCUGUUAAUUGAAAAACUCUGAUCGUAAGAUGUGUAAAAAUUCUGAGACAAACAAUAAAUAUACUGAAUCAGA